GAUAAAAAUCCCGUCAUUGGAGAUAUGUCAUUCUAUGGAGUGAUACAAGAGAUAUGGGAACUCAAUUAUAAUACGUUUAAUGUUCCGGUGUUUAAAUGCGAUUGGGUUCAGAAUAGUGGUGGUGUUCGGAUCGAUGAACUUGGUUAUACUUUAGUUGAUUUAAAUAGAGUAGGACACAAGUCAGACUCAUUUAUACUAGCAAGCCAAGCAAAGCAAGUGUUUUAUGUUGAGGAUCCAAGUGAUGUUAGAUGGUCAGUUGUACUCACUCCACCACAAAGAGACUUUGAAGAUAGAUAUAAUGACGAUGAACUUGGUGAUACAAUACUCCGGUGUGAAGGAAUACCCAAUGAUAUGCCAGAUGUCUAUUUAAACAAUGAUUUGGAUGAAAAUGUCUCAACGUACGUAAGGUCAGAUUGUGAAGGCACAUGGAUACCUACAUAAUAUUAUAAUGCUUCGCAUAAUAUAAUAUGGACGAUCUUAAUGAAGAAGUUGGUGUCGGUGAGUUGAAUGCAACAGUUGAAGAAACCCCAAAAGAGUUGAAGCGACGACGAGGACCUACUAUUAUGUUUGAUGUAACUCGCAUUAGAAGUUUGGGAGACAAGAAGGUGGUGAGGUACAAUGAAGACGGAGCACCUAUUGGUGAGAAUGGAGCAAAGUUAAAGUCUUUCAUAGGGUCUGCAACCCAUUAUCAUGUCCCUAUCACAUAUAUGUCUUGGAAAAGUAUGCCUGCAGAACUGAAAGAUAAGAUAUUCACUACAGUUGAGGCUGCAUUCGUCAUUGAUCCAAGAUCUAGGAAAAACGUUCUCCAAACUGCAGGUAUUUCGUUUCGUCAGUUUAAGAACUGGCUAACAACGAAAUACAUCAUCCCGCAUAAAGAUGAACCACAAUUGCUUCAAGUUCCACCUGAAAAGUAUUCCUUCAUUGAGCAAAAUCACUGGGAAGAGUUUGUAAGGUCAAGGUUAUCAGAGACCUUUCAGGAAAAAAGAAAAUUACAACAAGAUAGACGAUCGAAGAACAAAUACAAUCAUAGAAUCUCAAGGAAAGGGUAUGCCAAUCUUAAGGAGGAAAUGAAGGAUGGUUCAAAUGAAGUUUAUGUUGAUCGAGCUAAACUAUGGAAGAAAGCUCGAGUUAACAAGUAAGGACAGUACGACAACGACGACAUUCAACAAGUCGUCCA